AUGGAAGGAACAUCUCGAUCGAACAGCAACAAAGAGACCUCCAACGCCGAGAGCAAUCAAGACGAGAACCAGGAGCGCCGUCAGAGUCCGGAGAACGAACCGGACUUGCUGGACUACAGCGAGGAAAUGACCCGAGAUACGUCCUCAGCCCCGCAGCAGCCGAGCGUCUUCGCAAGCUUAGGGAGCAGUCUACCAUCAAUCGCAGAGACAGCCAUGAGACGACCGGCGGCAGAGGUUUCACAGUCGGAGAGAGGAAUUUCGCCGGCGUUAAUAAACUCUCGAGCGACCUCCUUGGCGCUAGAAACCAUGUCCAACCGAUCUACCCCAGUACCUCGGCCUAUAGACCGCUUAACGUUCCCGGUCAAUAUGAAUACCGAGAUGGGCAGACCAGUGUCGACUCCGAUCCCUCGUCGAAACCAUCCGACCCAAUUUCCAGUCCUAGAACAACCUCUAGCCCCACAAGAAGAGGAUACCAUAAUGGACAACCCCGAGUUGGAGAUGGUAAUCAACCUCUUCAACAAACAGUGGAACAUGUUCGUCCAAGCCCGAGAAAGCCAGAACCCCCGACUGAUGAGAGUAGCCCUCAUCCAAGCCAUCUCCAGCCAAGAGGAGAUCAGGGUACUAGCUGGAGGAGCCGAAAUGCUCAGGAUAUGCGAGAACUGGAUAGCGCGCGAAGAACUGGCGGAUCUAGAGAGAUCACAACUAGCCCAACAAAACCAGCAAGCAACUCGCCUGGCGAUAACGCAAACGCCUCACGAGCAUACAAUCAGCCCGUCACCUGCACCCCAACACCGUUCGACACGCCAAUCUUCGGACGUAACGUUCCUGGGUGCUGGCCCGUUGCAACAGGGAAGCAACCCUACGCCUCCACCCCCGCCACCGUCUACUCGACCCCCAUCGGCUAUAGUCAGGCAGAACCCCGCCCAACAAAUGCAGCCAUACCACCAACAGACUCACCCUCAACACCGAGAGGGAGUCUAUUACCAACAACAGCCUCAACAAGAGACUAUAGUUCAGAACUACGCUCCGCAAACUCGAGUCGUCCCGAACUACGCGCCCCAACCGCCCCACCACCCUCCACAGCAACGAAGCUGGAGAGGAUCUGGGAGGAACUGGAGACGCCCCCAAGACCAGACGAGCAGAUUACUCGAAGUAGGGGACUAUCUCAUGCGAGCAGAGAGGAUAGCGGGCAGAGUGUUUGUCAGCCACAGAGUACAUGUCACAGUACCUUUCAUGUACCAAGUAACUGCAACACCUGUACUUAUGUACAUAAGUACUUAUCCAUAA